AUGGCGCUGGGGUGGGGCGCCACCCGCUGCAGGGCGCGCCCUCAUUGGCCAUCCAAAAGAUCGUACAGGACACGGCGGGGCUCCAUUGCAACGCCGGAAUGCGUUUUUGUCUGCCAGGCUGUGGAUCGCCACCUGCGGUUCAGGGCUCGACAGCGAACGCUCGCUCCGAAGCCGGUUGGGGUUCUCUUGAUUUAUAUGGCAGGAAGGAGCCCCCUGGGCUCCUCCCCGUCGCCGCGCGUCUUCCACCUCUCGACCUCUCGACAGCCGACGUCCGGCACUGCGGUUCUCGAGGAAGUCAAUCCGUCACUCACACUCACUCAGUCAGUCAGUCAGCCAUUGAUUGAAUUUAUCACCAUGUCUUCCCAGGACAACAUUUCCUCGGACUAUGAUGUCAACAAGUCCGCGCAGCCCUGGUCCGACAAGGCCGGCGAAGAAUCGCAGGUUCCGGCCAUCUUGCCCUACGACCAGGAGAUCGGGGAGAUGACUGAGGAGGAACGACGUGGCCAUGCCAAGUAUCACCGUCUCGGCUGGAAGCGCCUGACUGUGGUGCUCAUUGUCGAGGCCAUUGCCUUGGGAAGUCUGUCGAUUCCCUCCUCGUUUGCAACCCUCGGCAUGGUUGCAGGGGUAAUCUGUUGCGUCGGUCUUGGGCUGGUUGCCAUCUAUACCAGCUAUGUCGUCGGCCAGGUGAAAAUUAAAUUCCCCCAUGUGGCCACCUACCCCGACGCUGGUCAGCUCAUGUUCGGCCGUGUGGGCUAUGAGUUGAUCAACAUCAUGUUGAUUCUGACGCUGGUGUUCCUGGUGGGCUCUCACUGUUUGACCGGUACCAUCGCCUGGAUGAACAUCACCAGCAGCGGCGUCUGUUCAGUGGUGUGGGCCGUCGUGUCGGCUGUCAUCUUGUUCCUUGUGGCCUUACCCCCUAGUUUCACCGAGACCGCCAUCUUGGGAUACAUUGAUUUUGCUUCCAUUAUCAUCGCAAUUGGCAUCACAAUCAUCGGUACCGGCGUGGAGGCAAGCAAGUCCCCGGGUGGUCUUUCGUCUGUCAACUGGUCCGCAUGGCCGGCCCCAGACACCACGUUCGCUGAGGCCUUCAUUGCCGUGUCCAAUAUCAUCUUCGCCUACAGCUUUGCCAUGUGCCAGUUCUCUUUUAUGGACGAAAUGCACACGCCCAAGGACUAUGUCAAAUCUAUUUGGGCGUUGGGAAUCAUUGAAAUCAUUAUUUACACCGUGACGGGCGCAUUGGUCUAUGCCUUUGUCGGCCAGGGUGUCGAGAGUCCUGCCCUUCUCUCUGCUGGAAACCUGCUCAGCAAGGUGGCCUUCGGACUUGCUCUGCCUGUCAUCUUCAUUAGUGGUUCUAUCAACGGCACUGUCGUCGGUCGGUUGAUUCAUGGCCGGAUCUACCAGAACUCGCCCAUCCGAUACAUUAACACUAAGAUGGGAUGGAUCACGUGGGUCGCCCUCCUGGCCGUUAUCACGGUUAUUGCUUUCAUCAUCGCGGAGGUCAUUCCAAUCUUCUCAGAUCUCUUGUCUAUCAUGUCGGCGCUGUUCAUUUCAGGCUUCUCUUUCUACUUCCCAGCGCUCAUGUGGUUCAUACUCAUCCGAGAAGGCCCGUGGCACUCUCGCAAGAACCUUCCAUGGGCUAUCAUAAACGCGAUUACAUUUUUGAUUGGCGUAAUUACCUUGGGUGCUGGUACCUAUGCCAGUAUUGAGGACAUUAUCAUCUAUCAUUAUCUCGUCGCAUCACCUGCAUCGGAAGCGAAGCGGUAG